AUGUUCGCCCAGUUCAGCAGAAGACUAUUGACCAGCUCGCGUGUGGCCUCUCGGCAGCUGUCGUCGUGCGCGGCGCGGCGCGACGCCAUCCAAGAUCUGUAUCUGAAAGAGUUGCGCAACGCCAAGGUUGCGGCGCCGGGCCCGCAGGACGCGGCCGGCGCAGUGCGUCCCUGGGCGGAGCCCGCACGCCCCAGCGUGCCCGAGUUCGGGAUCGCCGGCAAUGCCGCCGAGCUAGAGGCGUACUCGCAGCAGCCGGUCGAGACCGUGGCCGAGGAGGCCGGCGAGGCCGCGGACGCGGAGGCCGGCGACUGGCUGGUGCUGGACGGCGCGGAGGAGUCCGCUGCUGGCCACUGA